AGAUCAGUCUGAUUGUAAUUCAGCGAAGGAUCCUGGAAGAAUCCACAGCGCAAUGUCAAGUCCAAAGAGAGUUUGCAUCGUCGGUUCUGGAAACUGGGGCUCUGCUAUUGCUAAAAUAGUUGGUGCAAAUGCAAGGAACAAUUCAAAGUUUGACUCCACGGUUAACAUGUGGGUGUUUGAGGAGAUGGUGAACGGACGCAAACUCACCGAGAUCAUAAACACAGAGCACGAGAAUGUCAAGUAUUUGCCUGGACACAAGCUCCCAGAGAAUGUUGUUGCGGUGGCAGAUUUAGUCGAGGCUGCCAAGAGUGCUGACAUUCUGCUCUUUGUGAUUCCACAUCAGUUCAUCGGCCGAGUUUGUGACACCAUGAAGGGCAAAAUCAAAGCGGACGCGCUGGGCAUGUCACUCAUCAAGGGUGUGGAUGAAGGGCCAGACGGACUCAAGCUGAUCUCAGAGGUGAUUGAGGAGAAGUUGGGCAUCAGCAUGAGUGUGCUGAUGGGGGCAAACAUCGCUAAUGAGGUCGCAGACGAGAAGUUCUGUGAGACCACCAUCGGCUGCAGGGAUGAAGCUCACGGUGCGCUGCUGAAAGAGCUCAUGCAGACGCAUCACUUCCGGGUCACAGUGGUUCAGGAAGCAGACGUGGUGGAGAUCUGUGGUGCUCUAAAGAAUAUAGUAGCAGUAGGAGCCGGUUUCUGUGACGGCUUGGGUUUUGGAGACAACACGAAGGCAGCGGUGAUCAGACUUGGCCUCAUGGAGAUGAUCAGCUUUGCUCGUCUUUUCUGCACCGCCGGCUCUGUUUCUCCUGCUACUUUCCUGGAGAGCUGCGGCGUCGCGGAUCUCAUCACCACAUGUUAUGGAGGACGAAACCGCAGAGUCGCUGAAGCCUUCGCCAAAACCGGCAAGUCUCUCGAAGAUCUUGAAAAGGAAAUGUUGAAUGGUCAGAAGCUCCAGGGUCCUGCUACAGCGGCUGAAGUGCACACUAUACUCAAAAACAAAGGGGUUCUGGCCAGGUUUCCUCUUUUUAAUGCCGUAUUUGAGAUCUGUUAUGAAGGUCGUCCUGUUACUGAGUUCAUCCACUGCUUGCAGAACCAUCCAGAACAUCAGUGACAGAAGGACAGAGCUGUUCUGUACUUAAAUACUUCUCAAAUAACUCAAUUAAUCAGCAAGACGGUGAGUGUGUGUGUUUCAAUGAGUGACCAAAGUCGCUUUCAUUGAGUCCACUGACAGGUUUUGUUGUUUUUAAUGAGUCCGUCCUGCACCCGUGUGCUCUCAGACACUUUAUUUCUGCAGAAAACCCCUCAAAUGUCAGUCUGAGAGCUCAUCUUUAAGUGACUCUGAAGCUGUUAGCAGUGAAACAGCACUGAAUGUUCUCGAUAUAAUGUGAAAUAAAUCAUUGUAUCUGUGA